AUGUCUUUUCAUUCCUCUUCCAACUCGUCCUCUUUCCCUCAGCGCACGCACUCGUACGACAGCGACUCCCCCUACGACCCUGCAAAGCUCUUUUGCCCUACUUGGGACUGGGAAGAGCAAGAUAAAGUUGCCUGCGUGAAGCUUGCCACCACUGGCUAUUCUAUGGAUCACUCGUACUAUCCUAAGGCUCCACGUGCGAAUCAAGCAUUCGACAAUGGGCGGCGGUUUGACAGAAACGAUGGUCGUCGAGGACGCGGUGGCUCUCCCUUCCGCCACUCGAGUGAUCGGCAUCCUUCUAAGGCUCCCGGAGCUGGACGAUGGAAAGGACCGCGGAGCUAUGCCCGACUCCCCUUGGCAACAAUGGACCAACUCGAGCCUGCGCCUGGCGAGCCAAACAUAGAAUCUCCUUGCUGGAACUGCGGUCGCUUUGAUGGGCAUAACGCUUCCUUGUGCAGGUUUGAACAGGACGUCUCUUACCAGGGACAGUGGUAUGUCUAUACUGCUGCGCAGCAGAAUCGGGUAGUGGCGUAUAGGAUGCAUUACUGGCAUGGGGAACCGUUGCCGGAGAAUUAUGGUGAUAUACCUACGACGCCGCCGCGAAAACAGAAACAGAUUGGGAAUUGUCUUGAUCUGGCGGGUGUACCACCGCAGAAUGACGACUGGAGCAAGAAUGAUACUGUUGUGAAGACGGAGAAAGAGGAAACCAACAAGGAGGAGAAGACGGUCAACAAAGACGGAGAAUCUGAAAAUGGGAGCAGCCCGAUCCUCCUCCUAGAUCCGCACACCAUUCCACCAACUAGCGAUGCGCCCCCUCUCCCACCCACACUCGUCUUAUCGGCGAACGACGAACCCUCGCGCCCACCUGAAACCUCUCCUAUUCCGCACCUCGAUCCUCAAUCCAAAUUUCCUAUCUCGUCUGCUCCACAAACCUGCGCUUGGUCCGAAGUCGAGUUGAUCGUUGAAAAGAUCGAUGUCGCGGAGACCGGUACAGCUGAGCCAGGUCGUGCCUUCGCACCACUCAACCUUGUCGAGCUUGAAGAAGCAAAAUCCGAAGUGGCUUUAGAAGGAAGCUUGACGAUAAUCGACUCAUCUGCGUUACUGGCUGCAAGCGUUCCCGCCGUCAACAUAGCAGAGCAUCAUGAACCUCAUGAACUGGACGCGCGAACGAUAGAUCCUUCCUAUGUCAAGGCUGAUGGUCUUCAAGCGCCCGACGGACACCCCAUGGAGCCUUCCGAUGUCAAGACAGAAGAACACGAAACGCGCAACGAUCAUACGACUGUGGGACCGUCCGAUGGCGAACAGCCUCCUCCCCUCAUUGUGAGUUCUGAUGUCUCUGAACCGACAUCCACCGUACAUGUCGAUUCGGAAACACUACUUGCUCAAAUGAACGCUUCUCAGCCAACGACUCUGGAACUCCAGCCUAUCUCCACAUUCAUGCUUUCCGAACCUCCCGCAAUAGGGUGGGACUCCUCUGUUCAGUUGGAUGCUGCGAUGAUAGAUUUUUUCCAACAAACGACAGUUCAACCUAUCGCUCCUGAAUCUUCGCAAGCGCAACCCUCCGUUCUGUCCACCGCAUUCGAACCUAUGACCAGUCAGUCUAUCACCGUCAAUCACUCUGCCGCCCCCACUCAGCCUAUCGCCACUCAGCCUAUUACCGAUCAAUCUAUCAUCGAUCAGUUGAUCAACCCCAUUCAGCCUAUCACCGCUCAGGCUUUCGUUGCACAUACUUUCGGCACUCCACUGCCCGUAAUACACCAGUCUGCACCCGCAAUCCAUCCAUCCCCUUGGACUAGUACUUGGGAGCAGCCCCAGCAAACAACAUCCAAGGCACCUGCGAAGAUGUUCUGUCGUCCUACCCCGCCUGAAACGGAUUGGAAUCUCCGACACUCUGAGACGCCCUCAAAACGCGGGAUAACGAUGACGGACUCCGCAGCUCUGAACCACUACAAGAAGCAGGUCGACAUUAUGAACCGUCUUUCGAAGCCGGCCAAAGAAGACCCUCGCUUCGAAGAGAGAUGGGCGACAGAAGACUUGGCAAACGUUGCUAGGAAAGUGAAAGAUGGAUUCGUUGUCAAGAUUCAUGGAGGUGACAACUGGGAGGAAAAGGGCUUCAACAUCGACACCCUCAUAUCUGGGGGGGUACUUCGGAGUCGCAGCUCCGCCGAGACGAAGCACUUUGAGUUUAUCAGCAUGGAUAAACUACAUAAAAGAAGUACAAUGCAAUGCUAUGACGACCUGGGGAUCUACGAGUCCCAUCCGUUCCAGCAAUUUUUCGACGAAGCAGUUACCUCCGACGUGCGCAAGAACUUGCUGGAUUGCUACUAUGAGGCCUAUAACUGGCCCUCAUUCUUGAGGUCACUCCAGUCAAAAACGCUGCGGUCUUAUAACGGAGAAUCUCCGAAUAAAGACUUCGCUAUGGAAGUUUCCGAGUUAACCGAGGAGACCUGGUUCAUAGCCUCUCACGCCAUGUCCUUUACUGGGGGCCAUCACGAUGCCGGGGGGCGCUAUACAUAUAUCCAUGUGGUCUUGGGCGAAAAAUGGUGGUAUUACUUCAGGCCGAACGAGGAAACGUUAAGCAAGAUGGAAACGGAUCCUGACGGAGUAAUUCAGGACUUGCUGAGUUACAAGUAUGAGCGGAUGCGACCCCUCGGCGAGUUCUACUACGUACCUGUCAGGCCGGGAGAAAGCCUGAUGCAACCUUCGUGGACCAAACACUUCGUUUGGACGGCUGAAGACUCUUUCAUGGCAGGCAAACUGUUUGACCUACCGUCCUUUUCCCGCAUGGAGAAGUGUAUGGUCGAAGAACAUGUCUGUGGGGAAACCUCAACAAACGCCGUCCGGCACGGAUGGUACAGCGCCCUGCUCAACUUUUCCGUCAGCAUACCUUAUGUAAAGCCGGACAGACAGCUGAUGACGGACGACGAUCUGCGCGCCCUGCACAGGAUGUUGCUUGACCCGAGGGCCUAUGUGCCACAAGAUUCCGUGCUGGGGAAGAGAAUGGACCUGACUCUGUCCCUUGUUGUAGAGGAGGUCAAGCGGAUUCGUUCCAAAGCAGCUGGCACCACUACAUCGAAAGGUCGGGCGCAGAAGAAGAGGAAGUCGACAGACGACACUGAGGAGUCCCACACGCAGAAGAAAAGAAAACUUACGGAUGAAAAGGCCGAACGCGAACCCCGCGCGGUCAGUUUGAAGAAAUGGAGGAAAUAUAUCGAUCAGAAAGAGCCAGAGAAUCAAGAGCUACACCCGAUGCAUGGACUUCGCGUCAACCUUCUCCUGAAAGCGCUUGCAGCAGUGGAAAACCUGUUCGAUGAGAGGGGGGUGGAAAUACCGAAGGUCGAGAUGGCACCCUAUAAGUAA